CCUGUGUGUUACCUUUUCCUGUUUCUCUCCUCUGAGGACAGGCCCAGCAACCACACGCGCAUUUCUGGCAAUCCAUUUGUCCACUCGUCUCACACCAUACACAAUCACACACUCAACACACCUUCACCUUGUCAUCAUCCACAGCUCGUCUGCUCCUCCGCCUCCUCGAUGCGGCCCUUGACACCGCCCUGCGCAAUUACAUGCGGCUCACCACCACCACUCCAUCGACUGCAGAUGCUAUAGCAGCAUAUAAGUCCGGGGUGUCCGGCCUCCUUACCUCUGCCCUCGACAACGAUGUGCUUCUCGAUUGUACGCCGUGCCGAUUUCGACGCCGCGCUCAUUGCUCGUCUGGACAACGCCCUGGAUGACAGGAUGCGUUGGGCGUUCGCGUUCGACGAAAAUCAACGCGAGAGAGUGCGCUUGCUGAGGGAGACACUCAACACGCACGUCGAGCACUACAGGGCGAUGUGGCGGCGGGAGAUGAUCAGGAACAUUGUCCAGAUCCGGUCGGAUGCGUGGCUGGCGCGUGCUAGGGUCAUCAUCGAGGCUGCCGACAGCGACGAUGACAAUGCCGCAGAAGGUGCUGAGCCAGACGGCGCUGUUAUGGCCGAGGGGAGGCGGAAACGCAAGCGCGAAGACAGUGAGAAUGAGAGCGAGGUUGGCAACGAAGAGGAAGCCGACGAGGAGAGCGAGGAUGUGGAUGAGGUUGAGGAUGAAGAUCAGGAUGAGGAGGAUGAGGCCAAGGAGGUCGACGACCCAUAUGACGAGUCAGAUGAUGACGAAGAUUGUAUCAUGGUCGGCAUGUACAACGGCGGUCAAGGGGUCUCGCCACAAGACCUCGUUCCUUCGACAUCUGCGAAUGAGCCAUGGGUUUAG